AUGGCGCACACGGAAAAGUCCGUAAAUGAAAAGCACUCGGUUGACAGUGAGCGAACAGCCACUGCCGUUGAAGAUGCACGACCUCGGAAACGGUCCUUCGUGGACGUUGAUGUGGACAAACUGAGCGCUGCGUUCGAGAACCCGCUAAGCGGCAUCCCCAAAGAGCAACUCCUGGAAGAGGUCGAGGCCUUCUGUCGCGACAACAACCUUGCGGAGCAUAUCGAUGCCUUCCGUCGAGGUGCCUUGGUGGCUCAGAGCCCUGGUGACACGGAAGGCAUCGUGGAGUUGACUCCUGAGGACCGAGAAGUCCUCAUGAGAGAACAGACUCAUCGGUGGCACCAGCCGAAGACGCUGUACUGGCUCGUGGUCAUGUGCUCACUGGCAGCAGCCGUACAAGGGAUGGACGAAACGGUCAACAAUGGUGCGCAAGCAUUGUAUCUGAAGCAAUUGAAUAUUACCACGGACCGCUUCUCGCCGGCCAUGGUUGACAACCUGACUGGGCUUGUUGUGGGCGCGCCAUACUUAUGCUGUGCAAUCCUGGGUUGCUGGUUGACGGAGCCGUGCAACAAGGUCUUCGCUCGCCGCGGCACCAUUUUCAUCUCUUGUUUCAUUGCCGCCGUCGCCUCUAUAUGGGAGGGCGUGGCAAACUCAUGGGUCAACUUGUUCUUGGCUCGAUUCGUGUUGGGUCUUGGGAUUGGCCCAAAGUCCUCGACUGUACCAGUAUACUCCGCCGAAUGUGCUCCCGCACCUAUUAGGGGUGCUCUCGUGAUGAUGUGGCAGAUGUGGACAGCGUUCGGUAUCAUGCUCGGCAAUAUCAUGGGCGUUGCGUUUGGUGGAUUGGCCCCAGAUCUUGGUUGGCGACUCAUGCUCGGUAGCACCGUCGUUCUUCCACUCAUCGUCUGUGCGCAAGUGUAUUUCUGUCCCGAAAGUCCCAGGCAAGUUCCGUCACUUCUCCCACGGAGAGUCACGCUGAUCGUGUCCCUCAGAUGGUACAUCCAGCACGGGCACCCCGACAAGGCAUUCCGUUCUUUCCGCCGCCUGCGAUUUACCGAUAUGCAAGCAGCAAGAGACACCUACUACACCUACGUCGGCGUCGAGCUCGAACGCAAGGCUCACAAGGGCAAGAACCUGUUCACGCAAUUCGUCGAGCUCUUUACCGUACCUCGCAACCGCCGCGCAACCUGGGCUUCUUGGAUUGUCAUGUUCGGACAACAGUUCUGCGGCGUGAAUGUGAUAGCCUACUACUCGACCACAAUCUUCAUCGAGUCUGGAUAUUCAACGACAUCGGCCUUGCUCGCAUCCAUGGGCACCGGCAUCCUCAACUGGGUGUUUGCUCUUCCAGCGGUCUUUACCAUCGAUCGGUGGGGACGACGAAAUCUGUUGUUGUUCACGUUUCCCUUCUUGGCCGUUUUCCUGCUGUGGACGGGCUUCAGUUUCUGGUUCACUAACACAAAGGCAAAAGUCGGCAUGGUUACUACUGGAAUGUAUCUUUUUGAGGUCUUCUACUCCCCCGGUGAAGGUCCUGUGCCCUUCACGUAUUCGGCUGAGGCAUUCCCGGUGCACGUCCGUGAUGUGGGCAUGUCAUUCGCCACGGCGACCACAUGGUGCUUCAACUUCAUCCUCAGUUUCACCUGGCCACAUCUUCUGACGGCCUUUAAGCCUCAAGGGGCCUUUGCUUGGUAUGGCGCGUGGUGUAUCAUCUUGUGGUGUUUGAUUCUUCUGUUUGUGCCCGAGACCAAGGCCUUGACCCUGGAAGAACUCGAUCAAGUCUUCGGCGUCAGCACCCGCAAGCACAUGAGCUACCAGAUGAAGAACGCCGUGUGGCAUUUCCGGGUGUGGGUGUUGAGACAAAAGUUGGAGCCACUGCCGCCAUUCUAUCGUCGAGCCGAGAAGUUGAAUGAGGCGUGA